AUGUUUGUUGUCGCAACCCUGUUGAUUUUAGCAGCCACCUGUCUACUCACAUCAGCUUCACAGCACACUGGAGACAGGCAGCCAAUAUCCAGUGAAGACUUUACAUCCCAAACAUUUGGCAAGCUCGUAGAGGAAGCAAAUUACUGGUGCAACUACGCUAUAAACCAUGAGAAAUGGCACAAACGCAAGGGCGAUCUUGAUGGAACAAAAAGUGUUGCACCCGGCAUCAUUUACGAGCUCCAUAUCCGCCAGCGUGGAACCCAGUGCAUGCGUACAGAAAUGCUAGAACGUGGCUUCAACGGAAAAGGAUCAAUGUGCGUUGCCCAAAAUAAUGGGAACUGGGCAUGCAAGCUAAUCUGUUUUUCUUCCUUUCUGGACGCACUUUCAGUCAGUGGCAGUCUGCUCCGUCAACCACGGGAAAAGCCUUGGACAAAUUCCAUGGAGAUCACAGACGGUGAUAUCUGGUUGGUCGACGUCAUUGACGAGGUUUCCAGUGAAACGGUGAAAAAGUGUAAAAGCUGGAAUUGGGGUAAAUUUUGGUGGAUGAUAAGGGAUACCCAAAUAAGAAUCGACAAUCGUGAUGUAGACAAAAGUUUGUAUGAACUUUCCACAGUGACAGAGUCACUUCAGACGAUUUGUUACUCAUUACAACUUAAAGACUUUCUUUUUAGCGUAGAGGAGAGUACGCCAGAUACUUGGAAGUAA